AACCUCCAAGUCCUGGACUUUAUCGAGACUGCUGGACUUCGUUGCAUCAGAAAAACCAACCAAAUUAACGGUGGAUACGCUACUAGCGGCUAUGUACGUGUCGAAGGAAUAGAAGCACUUAUCACAACAGUCAGUGUAGGUGAGCUAUAG